GGUGCUGGGGGGCUGGUGUCGCGGCUCAGCUGCCAGUUUGAAAAAAUGUCGGGAAGGAGGCGCAUCGGGGACCCGGAGUGUUUGACCAAAAGAAUUCCACAGAAUCCUAAAUAUCAACACAUAAAAUCUCGCCUUGACACAGGAAACAGCCUGACCAAAUACAUUGAGAAACUGGAAGAGAUCAAGAGAAAUUACAGAUACAAAAAAGAUGAGCUAUUCAAGAGGCUGAAAGUGACAACUUUUGCCCAGCUGGUCAUCCAAGUUGCUUCUCUAUCUGAUGAAACAUUAGAAGUGUCAGCAAAGGAGAUCCAAAAGCUGGAAGAUGGUGAUACUGUUAUUUCAGAGACUGAUGCUGAGCUCACAGCUGGGACUAACGGGAAAGGAAGCCCCACGGAGAAGCCAGCCAGUCCAGCCCGGUUCAUAAACAACACGGGAGCAGGGGAAUCGUAUCGGUCUACUCUGCAGAGCGUGAUCAGUGGUGUCGGUGAGCUAGACAUAGACAAAAGCCUGCGGAAGAAACCUGAUGCUAAUGCUAAGGAUACUAAUGCUAAAGACAAACCUUACCCCGACUGCCCGUUCCUGCUGCUUGACGUACGAGAUCGAGAUGCAUAUGACCAAUGUCAUAUUGUUGGAGCUCACUCCUACCCUAUCGCAACGCUGUCUAGAACCAUGAACCCUUAUACGAAUAGCAUUCUGGAAUAUAAAAAUGCUCAUGGGAAGAUUAUCAUCCUGUAUGAUGAUGAUGAGAGACUAGCCAGCCAGGCUGCCACUACCAUGUGUGAGAGAGGCUUUGAGAACUUAUUCAUGUUAUCUGGAGGCCUGAAGGUUGUUGCACAGAAGGUGCCCGAAGGGCUGGUCACUGGGUCAUUCCCAGUGUCUUGCCAGUUGGCAACGUACACUGGAUCUGCCCGGAAAAGGGUCACCCCAAGAGAGACACCCGCACGUGCUGAGAAUAAAUGGAGAUUUACUGCAGAAGAUCUACAAAAGAUAGAAUACUACCUGGAAGAGGAGCAGAUCCCCUCAGAUACUGCCAGCCGUCUCAGCCGUGCUUCCUCAGGCCGAGAUUCCAAGGCGAUGGCUGUACGGAGCACCCAGAACCUCCCCACUGCCAGCCCAGCUGGCUCCCUCGCCACCCGCUCCGUCAGCAGCAGCAGCCUCCAGAACAAGCCCUGGAAGUAAAGACAGUGUCUCUUUCAGUUGAAUAAACGAAUGUCCCAGUUCUGGGAAUCCCUGAUCAGUACAUCCCGUUUGUCAUUUUAGGAAGCUGCAAAGAGGAAAAAUAGAUCCAUGAUCUAACAAUGGCAAGAGGGGUGGGGUGCAGCAGGCUGACAUUCAGUAGAAGAAGUAAAGGUAUAACUUUCCAAGACUGAUCUAAAGGGAUAAAGUUGUUUUGUGAAAAUGAACUUUUCCCUGAAGUCCCUGACCCACAGAAGUGGGUCCAUGAAAUCUGUAUCUUUAAAAAUUGCCAGUGGAAUCUGUGUUCUUAGAAAAUAUUCCCCCUGGGGUCUGGGAUCUUAGUAAUGUAGCGCUGUGCUCGCACGUGAGCACCCGAAAGAUGAAUAGACCAGCCGCUAUCUGUAAACAAAAGUCUUGAUGUCUCGCUGAAAUGGAGCCAACGAAUAGCACAACUGGUGACAAGUGAGCAAGAUGCCAGAAACGCCUUUUUUAACUGUCCAAAGUGUUUGUAAGAAGUGCAUUCUUGUAAGGAGUGUACAGAAUGAUGUUUCAGCUGACAGGGCCCUUUGUCCACAGUACUGUUUACAAUGUAUUUUUGCGUUUGAAACCUUUCGCCCCGUAGCGCCUUGACUACUUGGUCUCUGUUCUGUGUUCCAGGCUGUGGUAUAAUGCUCUGAUUCUGAGCGAAGGUACGUUACAAUGUGUUUCUUGGUUUGUAAAUGAGAUUAGAAGGUAACUUUGGGCAUGAUGCUGAAAUGGGCUGAGCAAAACUCCGAUUGACUUCACUCACAGCAGGAGCUGACUCAUCCGGCUUCAAUCUCUCCCGGUGAAUUUCUGCUUGCCGAGCCAGGUUGCUGGUGACAGGUGUAGCGAAGAGAACCACAAAGUGACUUGGGGGAAAUGUCCUGGUCCUUUAUGGUGAUAUUUUCCUUAUGACAUUGCAGUGCUGAGUGAACUGAUCACACAAUGAUUUGUCAUGAGGUCUUUGUCACAACCUUUCAACGGCAAGCCUUCCUGUCAUUGUCUGGUGAUUUCCAGCCAUUCUUCUCAACACGGUGUUUUCUGCUUCCAUCUUGGUGGCUGAGCGUGAGGGUGUUCCUGGAUGCUUGGAAGGAUCCUGGCUACUCCAGCCAGUUUGGUCAGUGAGUUGCUUUCUGCUGAGUCAUGUGUCGGGGUGUUAUAGGGUGCACGAGAUGAGCAACGCUCAUUCGCUCUGCCUGAGACCACCUGGCAUGUGGGUCUCUGAGUAAUGCGCACAGCUAUUCCGAGCUACAAGCUGAAGAUCGCUGGUCUAGACAGUCUGAAGGGCAGAUGGUCAUGAGCCUGCUUUCCACGAUGCAUAUGGAUCACCUUAAAAUAAGUUAAGGGGCAGAACUCAGACUUGCUCUGCUGAGCUCCUCUGAUGGAGCUGUCAUAACCUAAUAAACAGAGGCUUCUGACAGUAGGUCUUGCUCACUAGAGUAGCGAGGGGCUCUGCAUCUUAACUGACUAGUGGAGGCAUGAAACUAUUGCUGUCUAUUGCAUGACCAUCUCUCUGCAGCUUCCUUGGUGUUAGCAGGGCUAGGAAAAAACUGUCCCCGGUAGUCACAAUGACAUUCCAGCAAAGCUCCCUGGUGGUGGGGGCUGCCCAGAAUUUUUGAGGCCAUGAAUCUGGUGACUUUCUGGGAGCCUGAGGAUUUGAAUAGAAUGUAUCAAAGCUUAAAAUGCCUCUUAAUCAAACGCAAGGCUCCCAAGCCAGCAGUAUUGGCUUAUGCUUGCACUUUCCUUGGUGGCUGGUUAGAAGUUAUUUGGAGCCCACUAGCGGUAGAAACCUAGUUGACGCAUUGUCUUCACCCUGCAUAGCUGUGUUUUGGGGACUCAGGACAGCCACUUGUGGGCCCCGCUUUCUAGUUUUUACCUAGUGUAUUGGUUGACCUUAGUCCAACUAUUUUAUUUUGUCCUUUAAGGUUUGCUGUCCUCUGUGGCUUCACCUGCACCAGAAAAAUCAGGCCCAUAAUUCACCACAGACAGUGCUCAGCUGGAAGUAGCAAUAGCGACAGUGCAAGUUUACACAGGGUGCUGGCAUAUUACCACAGUGCUGCUUCACCCUACUCUGAGCAGGGUGAGUGAUCAGCACUGCUGCCCCCUGUCUACACUUCUGCUUCCAUCACUGGGAAAUUCUGGGGGAUGAGCUGUGAUUUUGCUGGUGGAUUUAGAUGGAGGGAAGAGGGUGUUAGUAGAGUGGGGUCAGCACUCAUCUAACAGUCUGGUAUGGACCCUGACUAUGUCAAUUAUAGGUAGCAGUUAAAGCCAUGGAAGUAAUUCAAGGCUCUUAAUCUGAAUCCUCAUAGAAAGAGUGAUUGCUUGCUUGGGUGACUUCCCAGUGGCCAGGAAUUGGCGCUCUAUUGAUCCUGCUUAGCGCUGUCAAAGCCUAGGGCCUGACCCUACAAUGUGCCGAGUGCCCUCAGUUCCCAUCAACUUCAGUGGGAACUGUGGAUGCUCAGCAGCUGCUAGUGACCUUCAAAAGCCAAGCUGAAGAGCACACUUCUCUGGCCUUGUGCAGGAUAAGCCCUACCUUGAUCUUAUUCUCCUCUGUAGCAAUCUGCCACUGUAUGUGUAUAACCAACAGCAGCAUGUCUUUAAGUGGUGUAAAGAUUGUAAAUAGAUUCACUUCUCUUUCC